UUUAUUUUGAAUAACUAUAAUUGCUCCUACACCAGGAGACUUACCGAAAGGUGUGUGCAUAUACAGUAUUAAACCAUAACUAUUUACACUUCACAUAUAUAGGAAACCAAAUAAACUGGGGACAAGUAUUAUUGCAGAAGACACAAAGCAUUGCUGAAGAUGAUACCUGUGAGGAGAAAAUAGAAACUACCUUGGUUACAGAAUCAGAAUUACAGCCUCAUGGCACCAAUGAACAUGCGAUAAGUACUUUGGAAAAUGUUGAACGGAGUGAUGCUGCAGUUGUAUCUCAGUCCAGUGAAGAACACAAGGACAUAGUUCCGGAAGAAGUUCAAGAACCUGUUCUAUUACCGGAAAGUGAAGAGGAACUGGCCAAAGAACAGCAAAAACUGAAUCAACAAGAAUGUGUUAUGAGGUUGGUGCAAAACUCGCCAAAAGACCUAGAGGACAACACAAAUAAAAUAAACAUAUCGGUGUGGGACUUUGCUGGGCAGUAUGCUUUUUACAAUACCCAUCAGGUGUUCCUGUCAAGGAGGGCAAUAUACCUCAUUGUCACAAAUAUGUCUAAAGAUCUAACAGAUGAAGUCAAUGAUACAUGUUUCGAGGAUUCAACAGGUGGACGGAAGUUAAAAGUUCUUGACUUUGCAAGGUUUUGGCUUAAUUCCAUACACGAGUUUUGUCAGACAGGGAAAGAAGGCGAGCCACCAGUUCUGCUUGUUGGAACAUUUGCUGAUGAGUAUUCAAAAAGACAAAACAUUGAUGAAACAAAUUACCAGUUAAGGAAAAACGACUUGGAGGAAACUUAUUUUGACCCACUGAGGACAGCAUUGGGUGAUGGUGCAGCCGAAAACCACAUUUUAAAGCAUUUCAUGAUUGACAACAACUGUACCGUAGACAAAACGUCUAGUCAAUUCGAAGAGCUUAAAAAGGAAAUUUUGAAAAUUUCUAAAAAGCAAAGCUAUGUUGGUGACCUUAUACCUACAAAAUUUUUGCUGUUGGAGGAAGCCCUUAAUAAGAAGAGAAAAGAGGGAACAAAGAUAUUAAAUAAAGAGGUGGACUUCUCAAAGUGCAACGAAGAAUCACGUUUCAAACUAGAUGAAAAAGAGGUGGAUGUGUUCUUGAGAUUUUAUCAUGAAGUUGGGAGUAUUAUAUACUUCAAUGAAAACACUUUGAAAGACUAUAUUCUGCUAGAGCCUAAAUGGUUGAUUGAUGCCUUCAAAGGAUUAAUUACAGCAGAAGAGUUUAUGCGAAAUACCGAUCAAAAAAAAUUCAUAAGAUGGAAGAAGUUUGCUAAAACAGCAAUACUGGAAAAAGACUUGAUUGACAUGUGUUGGAAAGAUAUGGCGAUUUCAGAACGAACACUAUUGUUAGAAUAUAUGGAAAAGCUUGGAUUGAUCGUCAAAGACAGAAAGAAACAAGAUUCAUAUUUUGCUCCCUGUGUACUCAAGCAAGCUCCAUCAGAAAGUUUGCUGAAGCUCUGUGACACCAAGAAAGGGGAAUGUCCUUUUUCCACUGAUGAGAAGACCUUUACCAGCAAGUUAUGCUAUACAACAAAAUCAAAGUUUAUUCCAAUGGCCAUUUUCAACAGAUUACUUGCAGAUUGCAUAACAAGAUGGGAAAUUCACAGAAAAAAGAACCACGAGAGUGGAGAAGAACGCGUAGACAUAUAUUGUGGAUGUGGAAUAUUUAGUCUACAAAACGCUCAUAUUCUUUAUGUACAUUUCCGUGAUAACGUUGUGCAGAUUUGGAUUGUGAGAUGUAGUAAAAAAUCACCAUCAAAAGAAAUAUGUGUCGAAGUUAAAAAGCACAUGGAUGAUUUCUUUGAAAAAGUUUUCAAAAAGUGCGAAGUUGAACGUCACUUCAAAUGCCCGACUGGUCCUUCUCAGAAGGAUGCAAUGUAUCCACAUGAUAAACUUAAAAAGGACAGCUCAGUUUAUUGUGAUUAUCAUGAACAUGAGUUACCAAGCCCCGACUUGACAGGAUGUUGGUUUUCUGAUGAUAGAAAUGAUG